AUGCAUCUAAAAUAUGUGAACCACGCGCGAAAAAUAUUUGAUUUGUAUCAUCCUGAUGCAGAUUGGUUUAGGGAAGCCAUUUUUGGCUCUAGACUUGCUAGAUUUUGUUGUUCCGGUAAUAGCACUAUCAACCACGGCAUGCAAGGGGAAUUCGUCGAGAGAUGGCACAAGGAGACGUCAUCUUUCCAUUUUCCUGUUGGGGAGAUGACGAUCACACUUGAUGACGUCGCUUUCCUGCUACAUCUUCCUAUCAAAUGGAGUUUACUUAACCACUCCCAUAUCACUCGUGAUGUUGCCACUGAAUGGAUUGUUGACUAUUUAGGAGCUCAGCCGAAAAAGGCAUAUGAGAAGUGUUCCUCGAUUAAUGGGGCUCAUGCCAAGUUCUCAUUCCUGAAGGACCUUUAUCACAACCACCUUGUUAUGGCAACUGAUUCCAAGACCGAGGGUGGUAAAUUAUUUGCUCAGUAUCACCGUUUGUGUGCUUUAAGGUGUUACUUCAUGUUCUUGGUUGGCACGUCCCUUUUUGUGGACCAAAGUGCUAACUACGUGGAUGUAACAUACCCUUGGUACUUCAUUGAUUUGGAUAAAGUGAGGGAGUCGAACUGGGUGGCCGGCUGUUUGUUUGGCUAUGUGCAGACCAUUCCCAGAUCUCCAUUUCAGGCUGCUACUGACUCCAUUGUCCACCGUAAUCUCGAUGACAUCUUUGAAGAAUGGGGGCAUCAUAUGGUGUCAGAGGAGUAUCAGAUGAUGUAG